AAACUUAACUGAAGUGUUAACUUACAAGAUUUUUACAAAGAUAUAACUAUAAAAUUUAUAUGAAAUACAAAUAAGUGCUUUAGCAUAAAAACAGAAGAAGAAAACUGAUAAAAUAAAAUGCCGGUCGAUAUUUACAGUCAACCGCAUAAUGUGCUUAAUUCAAAGAGCUCCACAAAUCAAUUGCCCUUAGACGCAACAGCAGAUACCUCUUCAGCAUCUGGUUUGCCGCCGAUCGAUCAUCACCACACACAACACAACAUGAACAAACUUUGCCGUCAAGUGUCAAUUGAGUCCCCUGGGCCGGGGGCUAAGAACUGCGUCUUUAACUUUUUCGUUCCCAUUGAGGACACACCGCCCCAGGGAGCACGCAUUAAGAUUGUAUGUGCCGGCGCCUGUUAUCGUCGCCGAGAUCGCUCCAAUUCAAUUACUAGCAUCUCGUCAGUGUCUUCGGAGUUAAGCGACUAUUGCCCGACCAGCGCAUCGAUUACGUCGCUCACAUCAAUGUCCUCGCCCGCUCACCAGGGCAUACGUGAAGGUUCAUUCUUUCCUGGCUUUGAAGUAGCUGGUGUUAUUGAAUCACUGGGCUCAGAGAUUACAGAGGCAAACAAUCGUGGCUUGCACAUUGGUCAGCGCGUCAUUGUCUAUCCAUUUGAUGAGGCUCCGGCCGGCUAUGCCGAGCUAAUGGUGGUGCCCGAUCUUAAGCAUAUCGUACCGAUACCUGAUAGCCUGCCCAUAAGUGUGGCCGCCAUGCUGCCGACGGGUGCAUUGCUGGCCAUGAAUGCUGUCUUCAAGGCUCAAGCUGUGGUGACAGAGAUUCUAAAACAGCGUGCCAGCACUGAACCAAAUAAAAAAUGCAAGAUCUUAAUUGUGGGAACUGGUGGUCUGGCGCUCUGGGCAGUGCGCAUCGCUUCCUAUCACUUUGCAUUGACGGGUUCGGCCAGUGUGGACAUCACUGUGGCUAGUCUUAGGGAUGAAGGCUUCCGUUUAGCCACAGAAAUUAAAAACGUCAGCGUUGUGCAGUGGAAUGAGUGUCUUUACGAGCCACAGUUGAUCGAGCGCACUAAGGAUGUAUGCGGUGGACCCGUGGAUGUAGUUAUUGAUUUUGGCACAACUUCCAGAAGUCUGCAUCGCUCGAUGCACUGUUUGUCGAAAGGUGGUGUAGUUUUGAUUAGCGAUGAAGUGGCCGAAAAAUUGCUUCCAAAGUUCUCAAGACUCUCCAGCGAGUAUCAGCAGGAGAUAAUACCGAUUUCAAAUGGAACGGCAGAGCAGUUGGCGGAAUUGGUGCAAUUGGUGGCUACCAAAAAAAUAGAGCCCCCACCACAUUCGGUAUUCCCAUGCGAGCAGGCCGCUGAAGUUAUUCAAAAGUUAUGUAACUCUGAGAUUCCUGGACGCGCCAUAUUGCGCUUCCACGAUGUGGAAUAGAGCAUACACAUUAGUGGUUAACAUUAACUCAUUUUACAUACAUUCAGUGUUUUAAAAGGAUAUCUGAUUAUUAUUAUAGUCAAAGAGACAUUUGCAUAUUCACAUUACAACAAACUCUUGCAAUAAUCUCAAAGAUUAGAGAAGCAGAAGAAAUAUUUUAAUUUGCUUGAUUUGUAGUAGCGUUAGUAUCUGAUAGCUGUACUUUUGAUAUGCUUUGAUAUGUUUUAUACGAUCACUGAAAUUUUUGUUUUAAUUAUUUUUGGAUUCGAUUAUAAGAACUUUAAGUAUUAUAUAAUAGAUUGUGAUUGAUUUUAAUUUAAGCAAACAAUAUAACAACUUAUUUACAAGGAACUCGUUCGAAUUUCAUGUCUGAAUCAUUUACUAUUUUAUUUGCGUAAAUACAUACAAAUAAGUUCAUUCUUGCACAUGCUGCGCAUCACAUUAAGGAAUAAUUGUAUUAUUGUUUUAUGGUUUAUUUAAAAAGUGAACCCAUAGAACAAAUACGAUAACUUAAAAUAAAUGUUAUAUAAUACAAAUUGUUAACAAAA